AUGGCAAUCACUUUGUUGAGUGGUAAAAAGCUUCAAGGAGAACCUUCCACAGUAAUAAAGGUGGUAGAUUCUGAUGUGGUGACCCAAAAGGUGGAUGAAAAAGUUGCUAAAAAUUCAAGAAAGACUGAGUACUUAAAUGAAACAGUUGCUGAACCAGAGAAGAAGAAGAAGCUACCACUAUCCUUCCCUCAAAAGUACAUAAAAGCGAAGGAGGAUUCCUUGUUCAAAAAGUUAAUUGACACAUUCAAAGAGCUUCAUAUUAAAUUACCUUUGCUAGAUGUUUUGCAGAGUAUGCCUAAGAAUGCAAAGUACUUGUGGGAUGUGGUGGUUAAUAAGGUGAAAUUUCAAGAUGUGGGAGCAAUAUCACUCACUAAAGAGUGUAGUAUUGUGAUAACACAAACGAUCUCCAAGAAAUUGAAUGAUCAGGGGAAGUUUUCUAUUCCCAUUCAAAUUGGAAGUAAAGAGGUCUAUGCACUAAGUGAUUUAGGGGAAAGUAUAAAUUUGAUAGUCCUAUCUCUAUUUGAAAAAUCUGGCUUGAGAAAGACCAGAUCGACCACCGUGGUUUUGCAGCUAGUAGACGACGAACAUGUACCAAUUAUUUUGGGCCGUCCAUUCUUAGCGAUCGGAGGGGCUUUGAUUGAAGUUAGAAAAGGCACACUCAAGAUAAGGGUAGAUGAUGAAGAGGUGGAAUUUGAUGUUUACAAAGUACCUAUUGAAAAUCCCUUUUAUAAAGAUUUAUACAUGAUCAAUGUGUUUGAAAGGGAUGAGUGUGAGGUGUCUGAGUCACUAAAGACCUCUUCCAACUACCUGAUUAAGUGGCCUAAGAUGAAACCAUCAUAUUUCAAAAGGUAA